AUGUUUUCCUACAUUCCCUCUCUACACCCAAUUACUGGCCACGACUCCAGUGAAAAUGACCUUGAGGAUAUCUUCGAGACUGGGACAAGGGGUCUCAAAACGGGUGGUGGGUCCUUGUGCCUCAGAAACUCAAAGCGAAGGAUAUCAGUUUUCUGGAAAUUGAGUCUUCCUGAAAUCGAGGUCAUGGAGAAAGGCUCUAUCGAGCAAGCAAUAUCACGAUUUCGUACUAAAGUCCUGCGCGGGACAUGCAACACAUGUGGAAACCCCAUGUACAUCCAGAAGUCAAUUUCACAACGUCCGGAGAUGCUUAUGCUUCAGCUGAACCGCCAAGAUGACCAAGGGAAUAAACUCGAUGACGAGAUCAAGUUUGAAGAUCUGGUGAUUGAUAAACGGUUCAUGAAUUACAGUGCUGACGUCCAAUACGAGCUUACCUCGGUGAUGAUGCAUAUUAAGACCGACAUAAAUGGCCCCUUCGGUCAUUGCAUGGUCGCUGUCAAGGGUAAAGCGGAUGCAUGGGCACAUUUGAGGAAUAAUUCGCCCGUACUAGAGCUUCAAGAAAGAGUUCAAACUCGAUACAUCAAACGCCAAAAUCUGUUACAUCUGUGCAUACCGCCGUUUACCUAUCAAUGGAGGCAAGAUCAGACUUCUUACAUCGAGCGAAGCAUUGAAUAG